CAGCAGGAAUGGCAUGUGAAGAUGGCAUCCCGUAAUGAGAAAUUGCAGUCUUCUAACCAGAAAGUAAUUAAAGGCAAACAGGGAGAAACUUCACAAGACAGUCAAGCGCAGGAAGAAAAGUUUGUCUUCUUCUAUGGUAAGAACUCUCCCUUCAGCCAGCAUUUUGCAGUGGAUUUUGAAAUUGAUGGGAUCACUUACAACUGUGCUGAACAGUACAUGAUGCAUCAGAAAGCAGUAAUGUUCAGAGACAGAGAAAUGGCCCAGAAAAUCAUGGGAACCAAGAAUCCAGCGGAACAGAAGAGGUUCGGGCGCAAGGUGCGAAACUUUGACAAAGAGGUCUGGGCUGUAAAGGCUCCUGGGGUGGUCAAGCGAGCCAACAAUGCCAAGGUCUGUGUACUUCUUCAGAAAAGCUUUACAUUUCAGUUCUCUCAAAACAAACACCUUCUUCAGCAGCUGCUGAGCACUUGUCCCAACACUCUGGCUGAGGCGAGUCCACGUGACCGCUUGUGGGGCAUCAGGCUGGAAGCAUCGAACCCCAAGGCGAAGGACCGCAGGCAGUGGAGAGGCAAAAACCUGCUGGGCCACAUCCUCACAGAAGUGAGGGAGGAACUAAUGAAGGAAGAAGAGGAAGACAAUGAGAAAACCUAAGGGACGAAGUUAAUCCUUUUCUUCGACACACGAAUCGGAUUGUGGCUAUCGCCCUUUAAAUGUAACUGGUGCUAUAAUAUUGUUUAUACUUGUUCCUUUGACAAGAGCAACUGCUUGUUAGUGGACAUGCAUGUACAAAACCUACUUUUAAUUAGCUUCUAUUUUUUUUAAAUUGUGUACUAUUUAAAAUAUAUUUAUAAAAAUUCAAGGUGCAAUACACUGGUAUGAGGAAAAAUAAGUAGAUGGGGCUAAAAAUAUUACUAAGAUAAAAUGUAUCACAAUUUUGGUUAUGUAUUUGAGCUUUACAUCAGAACUUUUCUCAUUUUUUAAUUUUUAGUUUAAUGAGCGCAGUCGCGCAUUGUGUGUUUGUGUGUGUGAGAGAGGUGUCACCUGUUGCUCAUCCAUGCAGAUUAAAUUAAUGACCUCAGUAAACGACAAGGCUACUUAGGAAGUUAAGAUUUUCACUAUCAAGAAAAACCGAUCGAUUCCUCUUACUGCUUUUUUUUUUCUGGUACAACAAGCGAUCUGACAUGAGAGUCUCUUUCUCUCUCUCUCACACACACACAUAUUUCUAAAUAAAAUCAGAGAGGAAAAACUAUGUCUAAAGAUACAUCUUGUUUUUCUUCUAUGAGACCUAGUCACCAUGCUACACGCUACGUUUACCUUAAUCGGUGUACAAUAUAGAAAUAAA